ACUGCAACACUACGUUGUGUGAUAUUUUAGUUGCUCAGUCAGCGAGUGGCGGGUGAUGAGAAGAGAACAAUGUUUAUUUGAGGAUUUUGUAUGUAACAUCGAAUAUGGACGAAACAAUUCGACACCACAAUCCUAAUCCGUUGCUGACGGCAAAUCCAAUUUCAAAGCUUUUCUUUUGGUGGCUUAACCCAACUUUCACAACAGGAUACAAGAGGAGGUUGGAAGUAGAAGAUUUAUUUAAUGUGGUGAAGGAGGACUCAUCCGAGGAUCUCGGAAACAGACUGGAAAGAGAAUGGGAAAAGGAGCUGCAGAAACAGAAGAAUGGAGGACAGGCCAGUCUGUUGAAGGCACUCAUUCGUAUGUUUGGUGUCCAGUACAUGCUACUUGGAAUUAUCGUCUUUAUAGAGGAAGGAACAAAGGUCGUACAGCCAUUAUUACUAGGACAGUUGAUACGAUAUUUCACGCCGGAUUCUACUGUGAGUGAGAGGGAUGCCUACCUGUACGCCAUGGGAGUCAGCCUCUGUGCUGUAGUACUGGCUGUUGCACACCAUCCCUAUUUCUUUGGGGUACAAAGGAUUGGAAUGCAGAUGAGAGUUGCUUGUUGUUCCCUGCUGUACAGAAAGUCACUGCGACUAAGUAACACAGCCCUGGGUCAAACAACCACUGGACAGAUUGUCAAUCUGAUGUCAAAUGACGUCAACAGGUUUGAUACAGCGGCCAUUUUCCUUCACUACCUGUGGGUUGGGCCCUGUCAGGCCAUACCAGUACUUAUAAUACUCUGGCGGGAGCUCGGUCCAUCUACGUUAGCAGGAUUUGUUGUACUGCUUCUACUAGUUCCUGUACAGAGUUGGAUGGGUAAACUCUUCUCAAAACUCAGGCACAAAACUGCAAUUCACACAGAUGAAAGAGUGAAAGUAAUGAAUGAAAUCAUCACCGGUAUGCGGGUUAUCAAAAUGUAUUGCUGGGAGAAACCAUUUGGGGAACUUGUCAGCAAAUUGCGCAAUUACGAAAUCCACAAGGUGAAAAAAAGCAACUUUACACGUGGAUUAAUAGUUGGUCCUUUUUUUGUGUCGGCAAAGUUUAUUGUGUUUCUGACCUUCGUGAGUUAUGUACUCACUGGUGGAAUGAUGACCUCAGAGAAAGCCUUUGUUACGAUGUCACUCUACCAGGCGAUUCGUCUGACUACCGUACUCUUCAUACCAUUAGCUGUUCAGUUCUCCUCCGAGACCAAGGUCACCAUACGACGUCUGAAGAAAUUCCUUCUUCUUGAUGAGCUGACACCGGAGAAACCUGUAAUGGGCAUCCGUCCACAGAUUAGAGAUUGCAUGGUCAAAAUCGAUAACGUAACAGCCAAAUGGGACGAGAAAAUUGAGCAGCCAACAUUGAAGAAUAUCUCCGUAGAAGUGGGACAUGGAAAACUCCUGGCGGUCAUAGGUCCAGUGGGGGCUGGCAAGUCUUCAUUGCUUAUGAGCGUUCUUAAGGAAAUUCCACUAUCAGAGGGCAAGGUGACAGUCAAAGGUCGUAUUGCAUAUGUAUCCCAGCAGGCCUGGGUAUUCUCAGCAAGUCUACGACAAAAUAUUGUAUUUGGGAAUGCGUUUGAUAGCAAGAAGUACAACAGAGUUCUGAAGGCAUGCGCUCUCCACAAGGACAUGGACAUGAUGCCACAAGGUGAUAGUACCCUGAUUGGUGACCGUGGGGUCAGCUUGAGUGGAGGUCAGAGGGCAAGGGUCAGUCUGGCACGUGCCUUGUACAUGGAUGCUGACAUCUACCUGUUAGAUGACCCUCUCAGUGCUGUAGACGCAGCUGUUAGCCGACAUCUGUUUGAAAAUGUUAUACAGGGUGUGCUGAAGUCAAAGCCGGUCAUCCUGGUCACACAUCAACUGCAGUUCCUAGCCGAGGCUGAUGAGGUCCUGAUUCUGAAGGAUGGAGAUUGUCUUGGUAAGGGAACGUUCGAGGAAAUGGCAUCAUCCGGUGUGGAUUUUUCUUCUCUUCUCAAAACGGAAAAGGAUGAAGAGGAGGAUCAAGAGGAAGAACAGCGCAUACUUCAACGUCUCGACUCGCAUGUUUCCCGCUCCCCUGGACCCAGUGAUGUAGGCUCCACCUUCUCACUAGCCUCUAUUGGUACAGAGUUUCAGCCUGAGCCUGUACAACUUCCGGAGGAAGAGGAGAGGAAAGGAGGAACUAUUGGAUGGAAAGUGUAUUAUAAUUACUUCAAGGCUGGCUCUGGGAUCAUCUCCUUCACUAUCUUGGUCCUGCUGAACCUGCUGGCCCAGACUGCCUACGUCAUGAGUGAUUGGUGGCUUUCUAUAUGGUCAAACCAGGAAGAGAAUCGCCAUUAUAUGAUACAACAGGACCAGGCCCUGCGGGACCUGGGACACAAUAUCACCAACAUCACCAUUCCGUAUGUCGACACACACCAGAACAUAUACAUCUUCUCUGGGAUCAUCGGGGCCGUCUUUCUCUUUGGUAUCCUUAGAGCACUCAUGUUCUUUAAGGUGGCAGUAGAUGCCUCUAUGAACCUCCACAACGGCAUGUUCAACAGACUCUUGCGCGUACCAAUCAUGUUCUUCGACACCAAUCCAGUUGGACGUAUCCUGAAUCGAUUUUCUAAAGACACUGGCCACAUGGAUGACAUCCUGCCUAUCACGUUCUUUGAUUUCAUACAGUGUUUCCUGCUGAUUUUGGGGAUUGUGUUAGUGGUGUGUAUUGUGAACCCCUGGGUAUUUAUCCCUCUGUUUCCGCUGUGUAUAGUUUUCUAUAUCACACGAACAUACCACAUCAGGACAUCCCGCCAUAUCAAGAGACUGGAAGGAACAACACGAAGCCCUGUGUUUUCCCACCUCAGUGCCUCACUACAAGGUCUUCACUCAAUUCGCGCAUUCUCUGUACAAGAAAAGUUCAUGGAGGAAUUUGACAACCAUCAGGACCUGCACUCUGAAGCCUGGUUUAUGUUCCUAUCAACAAGUCGCUGGCUGGCUGUCCGACUCGACUGGAUCUGUGGCCUUUUUGUCACAGUGGUAGCACUUUUGUCUGUUCUCAUGGCAAAAGACAUGGAUGCUGGGAAGGUCGGUUUGUCCUUGACCUAUGCAAUGACUCUAAUGGGAAUGUUCCAGUGGGCAGUCCGACAGAGUGCCGAGGUGGAAAACCAGAUGAUCUCCGUUGAACGGGUCCUUGACUAUUCACGAUUGGAUACGGAGGCUGACCUUGACUCGAAAAAAGACCACAAACCUCCCAAGGAUUGGCCAAAGGAUGGAGAAAUCAAGGGAGAGAAUAUGUGUCUCCAGUAUUCCAGAACAGGACCUCUGGUCCUCAAACACCUGUCAUUUUGUAUCAAGGGGCGGGAAAAGAUUGGCAUUGUAGGGAGAACAGGUGCAGGGAAGAGUUCCUUAAUUACUAUGAUGUUUCGUCUCACUGAGCCAACUGGAAAGGUCUUUCUGGAUGGUGUGAAUAUCCAGGAGAUUGGGCUACAUGACCUCCGCAAACAAAUCUCAAUCAUACCUCAGGAUCCUGUGUUAUUCACUGGUCCACUACGAAAAAAUCUUGACCCAUUUGGUAACCAUGACGACCCUCAUCUUUGGAAUGCCUUGGAGGAGGUCCAAAUGAAGUCUGCUAUAGAAGAGCUUCCUGGGGGACUUGAGGCCGAAGUUUCUGAGGGAGGGAUUAACUUUAGUGUUGGGCAGCGACAACUUAUCUGUCUAGCCCGUGCCAUCCUUAGAAAGAAUCGUGUCCUCAUGAUUGAUGAGGCGACAGCCAACGUUGAUCCAAGGACCGAUGAGCUCAUUCAGAAGACGAUACGAGACAAGUUCCGCCAUUGUACCGUCCUUACCAUCGCUCAUCGCCUCAACACUAUCAUGGACUCGGACCGAGUUCUGGUGCUUGAUGAAGGCAAUAUAGUUGAGUUCAACCAACCAUAUCUACUUUUACAAAAUGAAGAUGGAUAUUUUUACCGUAUGGUGCAGCAGACCGGAAAGUCUGAGGCAGAUCACCUCCUGGAAGUUGCCAGAGACUGUUACCAUGCCGAUAUUUCCUCUAUUAUUCCUCGUCUCUCCUCUGUGCAUGAUGACGAACGCAAGUCCAAUAAACUAGGUAGCAAUGUAAAACUGGAUGAUAGCGUGUUUGAUGCGGAUGCUAGUAAAAUUAGUUUUGCUGAUGAAUCGGAUGACGAAAAUAAGGAGGAAGUUCAAAUGAAUCAUGUAGAUGUAUCGGUUCCAGAAAAUGCUGAAGAUGAUACCGUCGUAGAGGAAGAAAGUGGCAUCAGCAGUCCUAGUGCUCUAGAAUCAGAAGUAGCCUUCGAGUCUCAGCCUCUGUUGGCUGUCUCCGAAAGUGAAGAACAUAAAACUGUUGAACCAACAGAGAGUGAAAACAAGGACGAAGAUGAGGAAAACGAGGAGGAAGAAUCCAGUCAUUUACUUCCGAAUGGGGCCAAAUAUCGACAAUAGUACAAUGAAAACACAGCUUUAAUGCUAGCAGUCUAAUAGUGAAAUAUCUAUAUCCAGUGUCAGUUUUGUAUGGUAUAGGUAGCUGAGCCUAUUUGUUUUGAAAAAGCAUUUUUGUAGGGUAGACAUUUACAAAUGAUUUUGUGUCUUGUUGACAAAUCUUUAUUUUGAUUCUGUAUAUGUUGAUGAUGUUACUUGUAAGUGUUAACAUAUUGAUUUCUUGAAAAUAGAUUAUAAUUUGUAUUUGACUGACAUUUAGUUGAUUAUACUUUGAAAAGCUGGGUCCUGGUGUCAUUGAGAAAGUUUAGAAUGCAUUCGUACUAGGCUAUUCCAGUCAACUUUUGUAUUGUUUUACAAGCUUGGUCUGGAAUUAGCCAUUUCCAAGGAAACCAAAAAUACUGACUGAAUAUGUUCAGCGAGAUAAUUGCCUGGAUUAUUUUUGAAUGAUUGUAAAAGUAAAAGACAAUAGUUCGUCAGCUAAUCUUUCAGAUAUGAUAUAGCAAUCAUUUCCAAUAGAAGUAAAUUUGUUAGAUAUAUAAUUCAAUUGUGAUUAAUUUAUAUCGAAAUGAAUACCGUGGUAUUCAUGAUGCUGAUAAAGGAUCAGACACUUCAGAUUUUAAUGUGAUUUACCUUUAAUUAAAACUCUUACAUUCAAAAAAAGUUUUGAUUGACAGAUAUGUAUUUCUGGCACCAGGUAGAAGAUUAACAUUGCAAGUUGAGCUCUACCAUUUAAAUGCAUGUAUUUGUUUUGAUGAACACAAUUGUUAAAACAGGUCACAAUGUAUGUUUUUGUGUGUUCAUGAUUUUUUUGAGAAAGAUUUUUGUUGUGAACCGUUAUGCUGAGUAGAUGAUAAGAUAUUGAUUAAUGCUAACAAGAUACUGAAACAUACAUAUAUUUUAGUGGUCAUCUAUUUUGGCGUUUUUCGUGCUGGAUGCAUAGCGCUUUUGAUUACGCUAGUUGUAGUUUAUCUACAUUGGUUUCUAUGGCAAUCAUUGUCGGUGUGCUAAUUCAUCAUUCCACUAAUCUGUUUUAAUUUGACUGUGUCAAAUGAAGUACAUAGUUUUGCCAUAAUUAACUAUCAUUCAUGGUAGUCUUGUACUCUUAACAUGUCCAUUUUCAAUUUAUGUGUUACUAUAAAUGUGUGCAAUCUUUGUAUAAAUAUUUAAAAGAAAAUAUGAAAACUGAAUACAAUGCGAAAAAUUGUAACUUUUGGUACAUCAGAAUAUAUAGUGCUAUAAUGUGAUUGUGAUAAAUAAAAGUUCUGUAUUGUUUCGGCCAACUUCCUAAGGACAAGUAUUGUGACCGUGCCAAUUCAUCAUUUGGUGAUCCGUUUCAUUUUGGAUAUACACGAACAUUUGAGUAAUGUAAAGAAAGUAGACGGAAAUCUACUAAGAUUUGAGUAUAACAAAACUGUAUCAAUCAAAAUAAAGUAUAUUUAUUAAUAGAUUUAUUAUCAAUUUACAAAUCAAAGUUUCCAUUUACUGGUCAGUGACCAGCAAGAGCUUACGUGCAUACUGUUGUCUGUCAUCUAAUGUCUGGCAUUUAGAUUUUACUCUUCCUUUGAAAAAUUCAUUGAUGAGUAUAACCCUUGUAUAACAAGACUAAAAGUAAAUCUUUGCUCAUGUAACAUUCAAGAUGGCCUUAAUCUUGAAAAAUAAAGAGUUGUCACUACUUCUCCCAAAUGGAUGAUAAUGUUAGCGACCAAACUUUUACUUAGUAGGGCAUGGUCCAUCAUAAGAACAUUGAUGCGUCAUUGAUCUCGAGAGUAAUAUCCUCUCGAUUCAUUUGCAGAUAACAUGACCGUGACGCUGAUAACUGUGUCUUAUAUUAGGAAUUCUCAAAUUAACAAAGCAUUGCUUUAAAAACAUGGAUUUUGUGAGUUCUAGCUGUAUAUAAACGUUGGAUGUUAUUCAUAUGAAGGAGGACAAGUGCCUUGUUUCCAAAGUUAUAUUCAAGUGCUUUAGUUAUCUUAGAUAUUGAAGAAGAAACAAGCUUUAGUUAUCGUAGAUGUUGAAGAAGAAACAAGCUUUGUCAUCAUGGGUGUUGAAGAAGAAACAAAGCUUUUGUUAUCGUAGGUGUUGAAGAAGUAACGAAGCUUUAGUUAUCGUAGGUGUUGAAGAAGUAAGGAAGCUUUAGUUAUCGUAGGUAUUGAAGAAGAAACAAGCUUUUGUUAUCGUAGGUAUUGAAGAAGAAACAAGCUUUUGUUAUCGUAGGUAUUGAAGAAGAAACAAGCUUUAGUUAUCGAAGGUAUUGAAGAAGAAACAAGCUUUAGUUAUCGUAGGUGUUGAAGAAAAAACAAAGCUUUUGUUAUCGUAGGUGUUGAAGAAGUAACGAAGCUUUAGUUAUCGUAGGUAUUGAAGAAGAAACAAGCUUUAGUUAUCGUAGGUAUUGAAGAAGAAACAAGCUUUAGUUAUCGUAGGUAUUGAAGAAGAAACAAGCUUUAGUUAUCGUAGGUAUUGAAGAAGAAACAAGCUUUAGUUAUCGUAGGUGUUGAAGAAAAAACAAAGCUUUUGUUAUCGUAGGUGUUGAAGAAGUAACGAACCUUUAGUUAUCGUAGGUGUUGAAGAAGAAACGAAGCUUUAGUUAUUGUAGGUGUUGAAGAAGAAACGAACCUUUAGUUAUCGUAGGUGUUGAAGAAGAAACGAACCUUUAGUUAUCGUAGGUGUUGAAGAAGAAACGAAGCUUUAGUUAUUGUAGGUGUUGAAGAAGAAACGAACCUUUAGUUAUCGUAGAUAUUGAAGAAGAGACGAAGCUUUAGUUAUCGUAGGUGUUGAAGAAGAAACGAAGCUUUAGUUAUCGUAGGUGUUGAAGAAGAAACGAAGCUUUAGUUAUCGUAGGUGUUGAAGAAGAAAUGAAGCUUUUGUUAUUGAAGGUGUUAAAGAAGAAAAAAAGCUUAAGAUAUUGUAGAUGUUGAAGAAAAAACAAAGCUUUUUUAAAUUAGUUAUUGAAGAUGUUGAAGAAAAAACAAAGCUUUAGUUAUCGUAGGUGUUGAAGAAGUAACGAAGCUUUAGUUAUCGUAUGUGUUAAAGAAAAAACCAAGCUUUAGAUAUUGUAGAUGUUGAAGAAAAAACAAAGCCUUAUUUAAUUAUGCCUGUAUUUGUUACAUUAUGUACAGUUGUUGAUUUGGUUGUGUCCAACAUUUCUUAGGAUUCCAUUGACCUUAUGGUCUGUUUGUGAUGUCUGUAGGUAGUAGAUUUAUGUGUCCAACAUUUCUUAGGAUUCCAUUGACCUUAUGGUCUGUUUGUGAUGUCUGUAGGUAGUAGAUUUAUGUGUCCAACAUUUCUUAGGAUUCCAUUGACCUGAUGGUCCGUUUGUGAUGUCUGUAGGUAGUAGAUUUAUAAUACGGGUGAAAUUGUCGGCAUAUUUUUCAUUUAGACUCGGGGUAACAGAACAGUCCUUUUCAGGUUCUUUAACAGGGGCUGUUGGGUGUUAAAACAAAGUGUUUAAAAAGUUGUGUGGACCAACAAAGUUCCAGAAAUAUAUAAGAAAAGUAUUAUGUUCAUACUCUUAACAUAUAGACGUCAUUGGAUGUGGUGACGUGGGAAUUUUUGGGUUUUAAUCAUUCAUUUAAUAAAAACUUAUUUUAAUAUGUUAGAUUAAACUUCAUGUUAUAUUUUUCCUUGGAUAUUUCAUUUUCGUGUUAUUAGCAUAUUUAUAUUUUCAUUGGGUUAGAUCUUUCAUUGUGUGAGAUAGGAAAGUUUUUGGAAAUUACAUUUGUACAUAGCGGUAUUGAAUACGUAGACAAGAAUUUUGGUUAAGUUUUGAAAUCUGUAAAUGAUAUGAUGUUGGCAUGAAAGUUCCAUUGGGUUUCAGCAUUGAUGUACAGCUCGUCAUUUCCCCCACUCCUUCCCACGUAAUUGUUUCUCUUUUUUUUCUGCGAGAUGAUCAUGUUGUUGUUUUUCUAAUAAUUGGCAGUGAUUUAGAAAUGUAAUAUAAUUGAUUUUUUCACAGGUUUAGCUUUGAAAAUAUUGCCUGUAGCGGGCAUUUUUGAUUCAUGUCUUUACAAAAAAAAAAACUUUGAUUUUAUCAAUGAUUUCGUACUGGGUAUGUUAUCUGUAUAUUUCAUCAAAGGUUUGGAAGAUGUCAAAAUUUCAGUUAUAUAUGCGACAGUUUCAGUUGACGGGUUCCUGUAUUAAGUAGAUUUGGGAUCUACUAAUGAUGCUUGCCUCCCACAAAUGUAUAUAUUUACUGUUUGUGGACCCGGUGCUCAUGUAUAUGUUUGUAUAAUGUUUGUUAUAUGUUCAUUUAAAGAUGCUACAACCCUGACAGUAAUUAUGUUUGAUUGAAAAACAAGAAUAGGCUGUUGUACGUUUUUGUACAAUUAUACCUAAAGUAACAUAUUACUAAUUGAGCCUGGUGAGCUAUAUUUUCCAUUAUGUUAUGAGCAGAAUUCUCAAUUCAGAAUUCACUGAUGCUUAUUCCUCAAGUCCCCAUGGGAUUACAGGCUUAUUUCAAAAUACAAAAAUAUAGGUACAAUUUUCCCAAUAAUCUGAAAAAGAAUUUUUACAAAUUAAAAAUUUAACCACUCGGCCGCGGUGGCCGAGUGGUUAAGGUGUCCCGACACUUUAACACUAGCCCUCUACCACUGGGUUGCGAGUUCGAAACCUACGUGGGGCAGUUGCCAGGUACUGACCGUAGGCCGGUGGUUUUUCUCCGGGUACUCCGGCUUUCCUCCACCUCCAAAACCUGGCACGUCCUUAAAUGACCCUGGCUGUUAAUAGGACGUUAAACAAAAACAAACCAAAUUACAAAUUAACAUAUCGAUCCAAAUAUAUAAGACACAAUAGAAUGUACCAGCUAUGUAAUUGUUUCUUUUGUGAAUGACAUCUUGGUGAAUUAGUAUUUCUCAAUAUUUCCAGUUCUACCUAAUAAGCAGGAAGCCAGCCAAAUAACUUGGGAAAAUAAUCAUGAUCACAAAACCAGAUGGAAAUCAUCCAUUUGUAAAAAUUCAACCUUACAAACCAACACAUUUUGAUAUGAUAACUUGAUGUUUCUACAAAAGAGUGUACUAUAUCAAAGUACUGUUAUCAUUUUACAUGCUAGUCUGUUUAACUGUAAUUUUGGCGACUUUUGCUCAUUACUCGAUUACAAUUGUUGUUCCCUUGUGAAAGUUAACCUAUGACAUAUAUCAUUGACUUUUAACAUUUUUCGCCUCAUUUACUGUUUGACCAUCUUAAUCAUGAUUAUGUGAUGGGAUAUUUAAUUUGUCUUCUACAAAGCACUAGCUUCGUCUCUCAGUAUACCAAAUAAGUGUUCUAGGGGUCAAACGCUGGGGUUAAUUUUUCAUUCUGGGUCACGAACGUGUCAAGUCCCUGUGAAUAUUUUGUCCGACGAGGCUAGUGCCUGUGGUCUAAUUGCAGGUUAAAAUCAUGAUAAAACUGUAUUUACUCAAAAUGCUAGUCACUUCUUGUGUGCAUUUAAAACUAACGAAAAAACCAAAAAAAUUGUAUGGAUUUAGUAACUAAAGUUUUUGUAUUGAAUAUCACUUCCUUUUAAGUUGCAGAUAUUGAAGAACGAUCUUAUUUUUUUUCCCUUUUAUAGCAGAUUUCAACCACUUAAAUUCUAUUUUAGGUGUCUGGUAACUGGAUAAAGAAGUUCUGCCAUUAAUCAUUGCUACAUACCUUCAUUCAGACUUCAAAAAUUAUAUAAAAAAUGUUUAAAUGAUUCAAAUUCAUCCAAACAAGUAGAAUUUUAGACAUAUAGCAGAUCGUAGUUGAACCUGUAUUGGGAGACCACUGUGUAUUGGGAACUUAAUUACCUUAUUACACAUUUGUUUCUCAAUAAAGGUCCAAUUGACUAGGCAAUUAUUACAACAGAGAGAUUCACACAUACCGAUUUAUGUGCUUGAUAAUACCGAUGGUCUCUGAUCAGAUUUAAAUUGUUCCUCUCUAGGACUCUCGGACAUGUGAAACUGUACUCCUCUAGAAAAGCGAUAUAUACCUUGAUUUUAAAAAUCUACCUGACACCUGUUGUAGCAGUUUUGCAUGACUUAACAGUUAAUUAUAUAUGCAUGGUUAUAGGAAAGAUUUUCAUUUGUAAUUUGAAGGGUGAUUGUAUGUGAUUAUAUGUACAUGAUUGGGAGUAAAUUUAUCUAUACAGUAUUGAUUGUUGAGAUAAAUAAUAAUGAAUAAACCAAUAUGUUUCAGUUAA